GCCCUUUGUUUGAUUUUGUGAUGCGUUCGCUGUCAAAAUGGAUUUUGACAUAAGCAGGAACUAAGUAGCUGAAAUUCCUGGUUCCGAAGGCGGGCACGCACACACGCGCGUGAAAUUUGUCUCGAGGAAACGGUUCUCGGGGCGUGCUGGCCUUCGUUAGCAUGUGAAAAUUUGCUGAUGGAGUUGAUGGUUUCCAGUAUUGUCGGUGAACUCCUGGGCCUUGAGUGAAAAAUUGGCCUCCGGCCCCUAAGCCACAGAGUUCCACUUGUACAGCCCUGGGAGAGCCGGCAGGGCUGGCAGCGUGGUGUAGUGGUUCUGAAGUGGAAGGAGACAGCACUGGGGAGAGUGGGAAAAGCACAUUCAUUAAGCAAAUGCGUAUAAUUCAUGGCUCAGGCUACUCUGAAGAGGACAAAAAAGGCUUCACCAAGCUGGUGUACCAAAACAUCUUCACUGCCAUGCAGUCUAUGAUAAGAGCCAUGGAAACCCUGAAGAUUCUGUACAAAUAUGAACAGAACAAGGCCAAUGCAGUGCUGAUCCGAGAAGUGGAUGUAGAAAAGGUCAUGACAUUUGAGCAGCCAUAUGUAAGUGCAAUUAAAACAUUGUGGAAUGACCCUGGAAUACAAGAGUGUUAUGACAGGAGAAGAGAAUAUCAGCUUUCUGACUCAGCUAAAUACUAUCUCAGUGACGUGGAUCGUAUUGCUACCCCAGGAUAUCUACCAACUCAGCAAGAUGUGCUACGGGUUAGAGUUCCUACAACUGGUAUCAUAGAGUACCCCUUUGACCUAGAGAAUAUUAUCUUCAGAAUGGUGGAUGUUGGAGGUCAAAGAUCAGAACGAAGGAAGUGGAUCCAUUGCUUUGAAAAUGUGACUUCCAUCAUGUUUUUAGUAGCACUUAGUGAAUAUGACCAAGUUCUGGUGGAAUCGGAUAAUGAGAACCGGAUGGAAGAGAGUAAAGCUCUCUUUCGAACCAUUAUAACUUAUCCAUGGUUCCAAAACUCUUCUGUUAUCCUCUUUCUCAACAAGAAAGAUUUGUUGGAAGACAAGAUCCUGUAUUCCCACCUCGUUGACUAUUUCCCGGAGUUCGAUGGUGAGUGAUUUUUAAGGAGGUACAUUAUAUAUCUAGAAUAAGAUGUGGGGGUGGUUUGGUGAGAACUUUCUUGUUUUCCAAAGAAAAUUAUGAUCUAGAAAUGGAGAAAACAUCUUAAUUUGAGGAAGAAUGCCUACAGCAAUAAAAAAAAUCAUAAA